ACCACGCACGCUGCGUUCGACCCUUUUUAACAAGGAUUUGCACUUUCUUAAAAAAAAAAAACGAAAACGUUGACUUAGCUCCAAUGAUCCAAGUGCAUAGACUGUCGAGCUAAACUGACGAUGCCAACGCAAAGUGUACUUGUUCGAGACCCCUCGUUUCUGACGAGGGUACUACAGCAGUAUUUGAGUUUGUUAAAGAAAUAUCCAAUCAUCACCAAAUCGGUUACGAGUGGUCUUCUAUCUGCUUUGGGGAAUCUUCUGUCUCAAGCUUUGGAGUACAGGAAGAACAACAAAGAAAAUAGCCCCAAAAAGAAAAUCAAUGUUCUGGGACCUGUACACUUUGCAAUAUUUGGGUUUUUCAUUACUGGUCCACUCAGUCAUUACUUUUACCAGCUCUUGGAGGUGCUGUUGCCAACCACUAUCCCAUACUGCCUGAUCAAGCGCCUUCUGCUGGAACGUCUAAUAUUCGCUCCUGCUUUCCUCUUGCUCUUUUAUGUGGUUAUGAAUGCUUUGGAGGGCAAAACUCUCGCAGAUGUUCAGAACAAACUUAAAACGAGUUACUGGCCUGCAAUGAAGAUGAACUGGAAGGUUUGGACCCCAUUUCAGUUUAUCAACAUCAACUAUGUACCUGUACAGUUUCGAGUGCUGUUUGCCAACAUGGUUGCCUUGUUCUGGUACGCCUACCUGGCCUCGGUCAGGAAAUGAAACCACAAAACCAGCUACAGUUGGUGUAGGUUGGUUGAAUCCAGUUUGUGCCUUUACAGGACUGCUGCACAUCAGAUAUGUUUUAAAUGUCUUCCAGGAUAACUGACAGGGAAUAUUGGCCAGUUUCUGUCAAAUAACUGAUGUGAAUGAGUAAUGAGAUUUUUACUGCUACUUCCACUGACUGUUAAUAAAGUGUUGCUCUGUUAUGAAUCAUUUUAGAUAAAACAGAUCUUCUGAAUGUCUUUCUACUGCCUGUGGAAGCACUGACAAUGAUGUCAGGUUUUUUGUUGUAGUUGAUUAACUAAAACACUGAUACUGCUAUUAUCAUGACUCUUUAACUAAGAGUUAAUCUACAUAAAUAGCAGAGCUAAUAUAUUUUGUAUACUUGCGUAGCCCUGAUAAAUGUGGACAAUGUUG